AUGUCUGUCUACACUAAGUUCGCUAUCAUCGGGGCUGGUGGCGUCGGUGGCGUCGUCGCCGACGAACUGCUCAACAAAGCUAAUGCUGUGUCGGUCGUUAUCCUCACGCGUGACGAGUCCAAACCAGAGCUACAGGCCUUUAAGGCACGCGGUGCCACGCUGUACCAGGUUUCGUAUGACAACGAGACCGCCGUCAAGAAGGCGCUCAUCGGUAGCGAGGUCGUUGUCAGCGCCGUGUCACCUACCAACAUGGUCGUACAGAAGGCCAUCGUGCACGCAGCCAAAUUGGCUGACAUCCAGCUGUUUGUCCCCGCCGAAUAUGGCCUCAAGGUUACUGAAGGCCCGAGCGCGAUCAAGAAGGAGGUGCAAGAGCUGAUCAAGGAGCUCCAGAUCCCAAUCACCAUUUUCUAUUCGGGACUUUUUGCCGAGUUUCUGCCCCAUUUUCUUGGGCAUAACUACGGCGAAGGUUACAUGAAUGUAGUGGGUAAGGGCCAGACAGCCGUCAGUAUCACGGCUCGAGCUGAUGUGGGUCGCUUUGUGGCACACGUACUGUCCACGGCUCCAAAGAACGAGCUCGAUGGUGCCAAGAUCCCGUUCGAAGCCGAGCGUUUGUCACCGCUGCAGAUCCACGAGCUUGCCGAGAAGAAACUGAACAAGAAGAUCGAUAUUCACUAUGUCGACUACGAGGAGAACAAGAAGAAGACCGACACGGACGCCAUGGCGUUCAUCACGGCGACCGUCGAGGACGGUCGAGGUGUGGUCGGCACAAAACAAGAGGUUCAAGAGAAUAUGGCCAAGUUCUUUCCGAACUGGAAACCAGCCAAGUACGCGUCGUUCAUUGCCUAAGGUGCUUCAUGAGCUCUGUCGUGCCUGAAACGUGGCAGAGUUCGGAUAAUCAAUCUUCUCCGCGAAAUCUCGCUUGAAACC